AAGAACGCCUACUCUUUUGGCCAAUUCAGUGCUUAUAUUAUAUUACAAUCGGCUGGCAACGUGGGGGAAGUAUGUAUUGAAAAUGGAUGGCAGCGAAUGCGUAAAUGUCGAGGACGAACACACUUGUCAUUCGUGCACAAUGUACAUAAAUGGUCAUAAGACAUGGCGGCCGCGCCAAAGGUCUCUUCUCUUGGCCGUGCGAGAGACAGCGCCGCGUCUCAUCAGAGCGGACACACUGGCCUAUUUGGUUUGGGUUCAAGUGCGUCCGAGGGAAGGUGGCACCGUUUUAGUUGUUAGGCCGUGGGAAAAGCCAAAUUAUAAUCCGUUUCCAGAAAUCUGUCGGUGACCGCUACGGGAGGAACGCGUUCGCGGGCAUUCGCUAUCUGAAAAGGGGCUCCACUUCUGCGGCUGUAGCGCUCAGUCAAGUCCGAGGCCUGGAGGCCUACCGCUUAGAAGUUCGCCAAUUGUGCUACAAUAACUCCAAUAUUUCAGUUUGAGAGAUGGCAGACAGUGCAGGGCUGCAGUUUGUCAGCCCUUAUGCAUUCGAAGCCAUGCAGAAGGUGGACGUGCGGCGCCUGGCGGCCCUCAGCGACCCGGAGCUGAGGCUACUGCUUCCCUGCUUGGUGAGGAUGGCUUUGUGUGCCCCAGCUGACCAGAGCCAGUCUUGGGCAGAGGACAAGAAGCUCAUCCUCCGGCUGCUCUCGGGAGUGGAAGCUGUCAACUCCAUUGUAGCGCUGUUGUCGGUUGAUUUCCACGCCUUGGAGCAGGAUGCCAGGAAGGAGCAGCAGCUCAGGCACAAGGCAGGUGGUUCGAAUGUGGAGAGUAUCCUGGUGUCACAGCUGCAGCAUGGUCUUACAUUGGAGUUUGAACACAGUGAUCCACUCAGGAGACUUCGUCUGACCCUCAGCGAGCUUUUGGCGAUCAUGAGUAAGGUAGCCGAUUCAAAUGGAGAAUUCUUUCUAAAGUCGUCGGAACUCUUUGAAAGCCCAGUCUACUUGGAAGAGGUUGCAGAUGUUCUUUGCAUUCUACAAGCAGAACUGCCUUCCUUGCUUCCAAUUGUGGAUGUGGCAGAGGCUUUGCUGCAUGUUCGCAAUGGAGAUUGGUUUCUGUGUCUGCUGGUUGCCAAUGUGCCUGACAGCUUCAAUGAAGUGUGCAGAGGUUUGAUCAAGAAUGGAGAGCGUCAGGAUGAGGAGAGUGUUGGCGGUCGACGCAGGACAGAAGCCCUUAGGCAGCUGUGUCAGAUGAACCCCUCACAGGCUCUCAACAUCCGAGCCAUGGUGGUGGAGGAAUGUCAUCUUCCUGGCUUGGGCGUCGCGUUGACUCUUGAUUACAAACCAGACACAGCGGAUGAGGCUGUCAGCCCCCUGGUUUCUUAUGUCAGUGGUUUAUUGCUCGGUACCAACAGCAAAGUUCGCACGUGGUUCAGCAUGUUCAUUCGCAAUGGGCAACAGAGAAAGCGAGAGAGCAGCUCAGUGCUGUGGCAGAUGCGUAGGCAGCUGCUGUUGGAGUUGGUCGCUAUCCUGCCUCGCUCGCGCAGCACCCACGUUCCCAAUGACGGCGACGUGGAUGACGAGGGUGGCUCUGGCUACUCGGGGCUCAGAGAAGAGCAUGUGGUGAAGGCGAGUGCUCUGCUCCGACUCUACUGUGCUCUCAUGGGCAUCGCUGGCCUCAGACCAACAGACGAGGAGGCAGAGCAGCUACUGCAGCUGAUGACGAGCCGACCUCCAGCCACUCCUGCCGGUGUUCGCUUUGUCUCCCUGUCCUUCUGCAAACUACUGGCCUUCCCUACACUGGUCAGCACACCAGAGCAGGAGCAGCUCAUGGUCAUGUGGCUUAGCUGGAUGAUCAAAGAGGAGGAAUACUUUGAGAGUGCUGCAGGUGUAUCUGCCUCUUUUGGAGAGAUGCUAUUACUGGUGGCCAUGUAUUUCCAUAGCAACCAGCUGAGCUCCAUUAUUGAGUUGGUGUGCUCUACUUUGGGGAUGAAGAUUGCCAUCAAACCAAGCUCUCUUAGCAAGAUGAAGACCAUCUUCACUCAAGAGAUCUUCACAGAACAGGUGGUUACAGCCCAUGCAGUGAGGGUUGCGGUGACCAACAAUCUAAGUGCCAACAUCACAGGAUUCCUCCCCAUUCACUGUAUCUACCAGCUGCUUCGAAGCCGAGCCUUCACCAAGCACAAAGUGUCCAUCAAGGAUUGGAUAUACCGUCAGCUGUGUGAGACAAACACCCCCAUCCACACACAGCUAAUUCCUCUGGUUGACGUUUACAUCAUCUCAAUCCUUACACCAGCGUCAAAGGCCAACCCCGAGGCCACCAACCAACCCAUCACAGAGCAGGAAAUCCUCAGCGUCUUCCAGACCUCUUCUGUCCAAGGAGACAAUAGUCGAGGAGGACGACAGCGCAACUCCAUCACGACCCAACUGCUAAUCCUCUACUACAUCCUGUCUUAUGAGGAGAACCUGUUGGCUAGCACCAAACAAUUGGCUUUAAUGCAGAAGAAGCCCAAGUCCUAUUCAGCAGCGCUGAUGGACCAGAUCCCCAUUAAGUACUUAGUUACCCAAGCCCAGGGGCUGCAACAAGAGCUUGGGGGUCUGCACUCUGCCUUGUUGAGGUUGCUGGCCGUCAACUAUCCUCACCUGUGUCUUGUCGAAGACUGGGUGUGUGAGGAGGAGGUAACGGGUACUCUGCCACUGCUGAGGAAAAUGAUGCUCCCCAGCAACACCUGCCGAUACACUCGGAGCCAGCUCCACCAGGCCUUCCAGAAGUUACCAUCCAGCAGUCCAAGGCUGAUGCGAAUCCUGGAGCAGUUGACACUUCUCACACCGGGAGACCUUAUCCCUUAUUCAGAGUCCCUCACUGCCAGCAUGGCUCUGCUGCUGGAACCUGCUGUGCCUCGCCGCACUCUGCAGACCCUCAACAAACUCUGGAUGGGCCUCAACACUGUGAUGCCCCGCAGGUUGUGGGUGAUGACUGUUAACGCUCUCCAACCUUCAGCAAAGCUGCUCAGACAGCAGACGUAUACUCAGAACGACCUCAUGGUGGAUCCCCUCAUUGUUCUACGAUGUGAUCACAGAGUGUACAGAUGUCCUCCUUUAAUGGAUAUUGUCCUUCACAUGCUGAAUGGCUAUCUUCUAGCAUCUAAAGCAUACCUGCACAGCCAUUUAAAGGAGACUGCAGACUUUGAUAGACAGAGCCAGACAGUCUCAAACUUGGGUGUACCUGGACAGCCAGAUACACCUGAGGUCACCAGGGAGGAGCUCAAGAACGCUCUGUUAGCUGCACAGGAUAGUGCAGCAGUCCAGAUUCUGCUGGAGGUGUGUCUACCAACCUCCGAGGAGCAGUGGCUGGGAUGCAACACAGAGAGCCUUCUGAGGGGCAUCAGGGACCCCGUGCCAGGGAAAACAGAACAAAGAAGUCUGCUGCUGAGAGCCAAGGAGGGUGUGAGGGAUGCUGAGCCAGAGGGAGGCCUGCUUAGUGACUUGAGGGAGGUGCAGUGUCUCAUCUGUUGUCUCUUGCAUCAGAUGUUCAUUGCUGACCCCAAUAUUGCCAAACUAGUCCACUUUCAGGAAACAUUCAUGUUGACCCCGUUACUCAUCACAUUUUCCAGCAACGUUAGCAGUCAGUGGCCGCUGCUCUCCCAGAAGCAGCUGAUGGGCUAUCCUCAACCUCUGCUGCCUCUAACAGUGUCAGGCAUCCCUUCCAUGCAUAUCUGUCUGGACUUCAUCCCAGAACUACUGGCCCAGCCCCAACUGGAAAAGCAGAUUUUUGCAAUCCAGUUGCUAUCCUACCUGUGUAUCCAGUACGCACUGCCCAAGUCACUCAGUGUGGCCAGGUUGGCUGUCAGUGUCAUGGGUACACUUCUCACAGUGCUGACUCGUGCCAAGCGCUUUGCCUUCUUCAUGCCCACCCUGCCUUGCCUGGUGGCCUUCUGCCAGGCCUUCCCUCCGCUCUACGAAGACGUGACAGCCCUGCUCGUACAAGUGGGGCAGGUUUGUGCCUCUGAUGUGGCCACGAAAGCCCGGGACAUCGACCCGCUCAUCGCUCGUUUGCAGUAUCUAAAGGAGAAGCCACGGGAUGCUUGUGUAGAAGGCUCCACCAAACUGGCGUUACCCCAAAGGACAGCAGAGGAACUUGGAGGAGCCGACCCGGAUGUCCGGAUCUGCUACUGUGUCGAAGCUACAUUCAUGGACAUCGUCACCUCCACCCUUCACGGGCUAUAGAGCAGACGGACAAUCGAUACAAUGUGCGCUCCUGCUUUACUCAUUCGGUGGUCUCGUGUAUUUAAUCAGGUGGGCUAAUGGUUGUAUCCUGAUGCUAACAUUCUCAGUGUGUGAGGAAGCUAUUCGCUUUGCUUCCACGGGAACAUAUGCAACCAACAAUAACCGUCAUGUGAAUGAGGUGACAUUAAAAGGUGCUUUGAUUACCUUGAAGGAAUUGAAGGGCUAUUAUAAGGGAAGCCUAUUUAUGUUUACCAUUGCUCAAUCUUAAGGGGGGGGGGGGGGGGGACCCUUUGCACCAUCAGCCUUUAUUUUUUACGUUCUGUGAAUAAACAAUGUUUUUCAGUUGAGAACAGAUAGAAUUAAGUCCUCUGUUACAACUGUAGAACGUGAACACUGAAACUCUUAAGGGCCAAUUUUGAUGACCACUGUUCAAACAUGGAUUCUUUUUCAACUGAACGGGAAAUCUGUUUUUGUACUGUGUCGUAUUUGUUUGUAAUAAAACAAAGAAACGCUGAGUAAAACCGCGCAGGGAAGCGUAUGCCUAUUGCAAGUAUAAGCAACGACAACAUAAGCGUGCACUGCUGGUUUCACCAUGCGGUGGGAUAAGAAUGCAUUCGAAAAGUUGGAAACGAUUGGUUGAAUAUGAACAUGCUUAAUGGUGUUGUUACUUUGCGCAAGAAGUGAAAGUUCCGGUCAAUGAGUUGAUCAAUUCACGCACGCCUGGUUGCUAUAGAAAGAAAACAAAAUGAAGUCAGUCACUUUAUUGAUUUAUGCCCAUUCCACCUUCUUCACUCACAUUUCUUUCUUGCUGUGGUUGCAAACUGAACUAUUGCUUCCUUACAGCCAUAUCCAGGUAAUUCACCAGAGGGCAAUCUUGCCUCAGGAAAUACAAUAAUUUUUGUUGUUGUUGUUGUAUCAUACAUAAAAUGAUUUAGAAAUAAAUAUCGCGGUCUACAUCUAAAAUUGAAAGGUGGGAAUCUGUCAACGUUCGAAACCCAUUAUGAAGUGUGCCUAUUUUGGAACCAACGUACGCUACACCUUGAACACGUGAAAUUAAUUAGUGUGCGAUUGAACCAAAAUUCUACCUUUAAAGACAUGAUGGAUUUCCUUUAAUGGAUGUGUUCUAAGGUUUGAGGAUUGUAAAGCAGUUGCUCGAUGUACAAAGAGUUUAAUGAUGUUUUCAGUUUGUGUCGCAGGAAUUUCUGCUCAAGCAGCGGUUUGUCAUAUUGCCGCAGUUUUCUUGAUGCAGUGAGAGAGGCCUGAGGCGAGCGAGGGUGAAAUCGCAGAGCCAGGCUCAUUUUGCUUUUACUCCCUUUUGCAAAGCACUCCGAAGACAAUCCACACUUCCUAUCCCACACUCGAGUCCGAAUAAAACAUUCAGCGGGCCCUGAGGCUGCGUGUGACAGCCAGGGCCGCGGCCGCAGCCACAGCAAGAGUGUCUUUGUUUUUGUUCAUUUUGAUUUCCCCUCAAACAUACAGGUGGGAACCUUUCUGUGUGUGUUCUUUUCAAAUGUCACUCAAUAAUGUGCAACCUCCCGACAUUCAUGCCUCCAUUUUCGUGACCACUCGUUGUCUUCGAGGUCACAGCUGGGGCUUGGAAUCUUCACCUCAAUCACAGGACGAUGAGUGACAAUAAAUCCCAAGU